UUGUUCGUUUGUAAUUUCGUAUGCUGCAUUGCUGCCUAUUGUGCAUCUGAAACCUGCAGAGCUAUUCGUUUCCGUGAUAGAGUAAUAAACUACCUCGACCGGUGGACGGUGGUACGCUUUACGAUAAUAAUAAUACAAUAUUAUAUUUUUCGCCGUAUGCAUUGAGUACGACGUGUUGCAUCCGUUUAUACGAUUUAGUGUUGUAGUUGUGAUCCGGYGGUGGAUGUGAAGUGAAUAUUGUUCGUCCGGUGACCGGCGGUGAAGGCGUUUGUGAUUUGUGAUACAAUAAUUUAUCCCAGUACGAUAUAGUGCACCUACUCGACAGCGUCUAAGACGUGCUGAACAAUAGGUACAUCUGUUGCUGGCGCACUGUAUAGCGUUGCACGCGUUGUUUCUCGGCAGUCCGUCUGGGUUUCUAUAUUGUAAGCACAACACUGAGUACAUCGAGCCGGUAAUAGCCGUACACAGAAUCCGCUACAAUGUCUGACAAACAGAUCUAUUAUUCGGAUAAAUAUUACGACGACAAAUAUGAAUACAGACAUGUGGUGUUGCCUAAAGAGAUGGCAAAAAGUAUACCAAAAACACAUUUACUUUCUGAAGAUGAAUGGAGAUCAAUUGGAGUACAACAGAGCAAGGGAUGGGUACAUUAUAUGAUCCAUGAACCUGAACCUCACAUCCUCUUAUUCAAAAGACCACGAACCAACUGAACUUUCAACAUACCUAAAAAUGUUGAAUGUCUUAUUGAACAAAGCAAAGAAUGUAGGGAAUGGCAAAUUUAGUUUCUAAGUAUUAUAAUGUUCUGUUGUAUAUUUAAACCAAUGAAAAAUGUUGAUUAAUUUCGACUUUUUUCUGAGUAAAUGUAAUGUUUAUUCACUCUGUUAUGUUUCAAUAAUUGAAUUUAUUUUUUAAAUGUAAUCGUAAAUAUUUACUCUGUAAGUCUUGAUUAUGAAAUAUGUUUAUUAUUAAUACAUUUUUUUUAAUCAACUACUAUUCUAGGGUAUUGUAAAAA